AUGUCUUCAAAUUCACAAGAUCUCACUCCUGUAAUCGAUGCAUUACCACUACAAGACGUGCCUGAUGUCAAAGAAGAAGAAAUUGACUUUUCUGCAGCUUUAGGUGCUGCUAUACCUAUCAUGACAAUUUUCUUUUCCGACUUUAUAAAUACUUUUUAUGUCUUUGCAUUUCAACAUAAUACUUGCUUCCCAGCAUGUAGAGAUGCUGCAGUACAACAAUUAGAUAAUAGUGUUAGGGAUGAUGCUUUUCACCUUAUAGAAUUGGGUGUAGCGGUUUUUAUUGCUGGAUACUUGCAAAUGUGUUUAUGGAUGAUAGCUGGUGAACGUCAGGCAAAUAGACUUAGAACAUUAUAUUAUUCUGCAGUUCUUCGUCAAGAUAUCACAUUCUUUGACACAGUAUCAACGGGUGACGUCACCACACGUAUAUCUGGGGAUAUUUCUCUUUUUCAAGAAGGUAUAUCUGAAAAAGUUGGUCAGGUUUUACAACAUGCUGCUACGCUCCUUGGUGGUUUUAUUAUUGGUUUUAUAAAAGGUUGGAAAUUAACUCUUGUUCUUUGUGCUGUGUUUCCUCUAAUGGCUAUUGCUGGUGCAUUUAUGGCGAGAGCUCUUAGCAGAGGCACAUCAGAAGGACAAGAUGCUUAUGCUGCUGCUGGAGGUGUAGCUGAACAAGUAUUUUCUGGUAUAAGAACUGUAACUGCUUUUGGUGGUCAAAAACAUGAAAUUGAACGUUAUACUGCUCAAUUAGAGCGUGCCUAUAUUUUGGGAAGGAGAAAAGCUUUUGUUAGUGGUACUGGUCUUGGUUCUCUUAUGUUUUUUAUGUUUGGCUGUUAUGGUUUGGCUUUUUGGUACGGUAGUAUUUUAAUUGUAAAUCAUGAAAUGACCGGUGCUGAAAUUUUAAACGUUUUCUUUGCUGUUUUUGUUGGUGUUGAAAUUGGACGUCAUGAUGAAUUAAUUGAAAAACAAGGUGUAUAUUUUGAUCUUGUUAGAGCUCAAGAAUUAGAAACUCAAAAAACUGCAAAAAAAACCAAUGAAGAAGAAGAUGAAGAAAUUAGUUCAACUAGUUCUAAUGAUGAUACUGCAGUAAUAAUAGAUGAAAAGAGACAUAAAUUACAUUUAAGAAAAUUGUCUACCAAAGGAUCGGCUACAAAAUCUAUAAAGACUGAUGAAGAAAUUAUAAAAGAUAUGGAAAAAAAAUUAUUACAAAAAAUGCCAUUGGCAAGAGUCUUUAGAUUAUGUCAACCCGAAUAUGGAUUGAUGUUCAUUGGUUGUAUUGGUGCUGCAGUGAAUGGUUCUAUUAUGCCGUUAUUCAGUUUGGUGUUUUCUUCUAUCCUUGAUGCUUUCUCACGGACUGAUCAACUUGAUGAACUUCAACGAGCUGCCAAUUUUUCGUCUAUGUGUUUUGCAAUAUUGGCUGUUGUUGCUUUCUUAGCAAACUUUUCCCAAUUAUCAAUGUUCACGUUAGCUGGUGAACGUCUAACAAAACGCCUUAGAAAAUUAACUUUUGAAGCUUUAUUAAGACAAGAAAUUGCUUAUUUUGAUGAUGAAAAAAAUGGAACUGGUGUAUUAACUUCAAAAUUGGCUGUAGACGCAACGAAAGUUGAAGGGUUGAGCGGUGGUCUGAUGGGAACUGUAAUACAAAAUCUUUGCAAUCUAGCAGUUGGAUUUGGGCUUGCUUUUGGUUUCGGUUGGAAAUUGACAUUAGUCAUUCUUGCUGCUUCACCUGCUCUUGUAAUAGCUGGCUUUUUAGAAAUGAGAGCGAUGGCUGCAUAUGAAGGAACUGGCCAAAUAGUUCAACAAAGUGUUUCUAACAUGAGGACAAUUGCGUCAUUAACUAGAGAAGAAACCUUCAAAACUACAUAUCAAAAUGCUCUAAGAGAACCACACAGAAUCGCAAUUAAGGGAAGUUUGCUAUCAUCAUUUGGAUUUGGUACAUCUCAAGGAAUUUUGUACUUUAUUUGGGCAUUAUCAUUUUGGUAUGGUUCAAAAUUGGUCGAAACAGAUGAAUAUGAAUUACAACAAAUGCUUCGAGUUAUGUUUGCUGUUUUGUUUACAGCUGUUUCUCUUGGACAAUUGGCAAAAUCUACAAUAGAUCCUACUGAUAAUGAAGUUAUUUCGUUAUUAUUAAGGUUUUAUGAUGUAAAUUCUGGAGAAAUUGAAGUUGAGGGUGUUAAUGUUAAGCAAUGGAAUUUAGAGUAUUUAAGAGCGAAUAUGGCAUUAGUUGGACAAGAACCUGUGUUAUUUGAUUUAACAAUUGAACAGAAUAUUGCAGAAUCUGGUCGGCCUGUUUCAAAUAUCCAAUUUCGAUCAACUUUUUUUAAUUAUGCAACUUUAUCAUCAGUUUUCACGUAUGUUUGUAUCUCCGUACUAGCCAUGCUCACAUCUUCUCCAGAAAGAUAA